AUAUGGGUCAGUUCGGGCUGAAUAACGGGCACCACUGGAGCUGCAGUACUGCCACGCCGUACUCGAGCUACCUGGGCGCGAGCUCCUUCAGCAGCUGCGCCGCGUCGGGGGGCUUCAACACCCCCGCCUUGGGCUUCACCGCCAGCGCCGCUGAGGCCCCCGUCCACGACAACUACUCUUCACCAACCAACGCCUCCAACGCCUCAGCACUGGGGCUCCACGACGGCGUGACGCCCGGGGCGACGGACAUGGACCAGCAACUGAUGUCCUCGCAGACGCAGCUCCAGGCGAUGGACUCGGAGUCGAACGGGCACGACCGCUCGCUGCUGUUCCCCAAGUACGGGACGGCCGACUUCAUGGCCGGGCCGCGCUCCCUGUCCGACUCCUCGACGGCCGACUCGCCCGGCG